AUGCGCAAAUGUCCACUUUCAUUUUUGAAAUCAGUUCGGAAUUCUCCAAAUCGGGAUAAGUCACAGAAUAGAACUUCCAUUGUGAACAAUGAUCCAAAUAGCGACGACAAAGCUGAUUUAUUCAAUCAAAUAUUGAUCGAUAUGCUUGAAAAUAUCAAGACAUGGGAAGAAGUGACUACCUCUUGGAUGAAAACUGCUGAUAGUUUUUGUUGUUUGAAGGAUGACGAAAUAAGAUCCGAAGCAUACCUUCAGUUAGCUGAAGCAAUUUUAUUGGCUCUUGUGAGAGUCCAGGUGAAAAAUGAAUUCUCCGUGAGACCGCGAAGUAUGAUACCCAUUUUUGAAGCUUGGGAGAAUAUUUAUAAUGCUGUCAUCGAAGCUUGUUCUCAGGAUUCUAUUCAAUGCUGCACAUUUGCUAUUAAACUAGCUAAUCAAACAAGCCAAUUAAUUACAUGUCAAAAGAUGGAUUGUCGACUACUUUUCGUUUGUUCGCACAUAAUUCGAGCUCAGAUUGAAUACUUUAAUUAUGACGUUAUUAAUGAUGUUUUUGUUGGAGACUUUGAUUUGUUUGGAAAGGAAAACGUUCUUGAUAUUUUUUGCAAGCUGUUAAUCGAGAUACGAAAGCAUUCACUCGAAACACUUCGCAAACAUACAGAUAAACAAACUGGCAUUGCUCUUGAAUUGAUGUCUAAAUCCGUAUUAAACAUCUUGGAGGCAGCGACAAGCCUGAUAUCUUUAAUGACUAAACCUGCACACAUUUUGUUCGUUAUUGGUGCUUUAUGUGAAUUCAUGAGCAGUUGCCUUGCUCUGGUGACGGAAAAAGGCUGUCGGAUAUUUUGCAAAAGCCAAACAAACGUUAUUGUGUUGGUGAAAACAGCUCUGACUACUCUCAAAAAGCAUUAUUCGGGGCCAUACGACACUUCCUUGCUUGGUCAGUUAGAGCCAGUUUUUAUUAACGGAUUGCGCUUAGCACGUUUACGUCCUUGUCUUCUUAAUUUCUGGAGACAGACGUUUAGUUGUGCAAGUCAUCUCGAUAUUUUAGAUGAGCUAAGCACUGCUUUGGAGUGUGCCAAAUGUGCAUCGAUAAAUUUCGAUUCAGAACAGAAAGAUUUUUCGGGAAUGAAUAAUGCAAAGACGUCCACAUCUUGUGACAGAAAUCUUAAUUUCUCCAUGGAUGGGAGUAACGACGUUGUUAAUAGAAGUAUAAGUCAGAAUUUUAAGCAGUCGCCCAUAAAGAGUGCACAGCCUUCACUUUCAAAGUAUACAACGCUGAAACAUGUGAAGGAUGAAAGUAUGGGCGAGUACGCAGUUGUUAACGUAUCUCAUUCUGAGAAAAAAAUGCAAUCAACUGAUCACCAGAAAGAAAAACUAUUAGGAAGAAGUGACAGCCUGCUAUCUUUUACUGAAGAAAGUCAAUCAAUCGAUUUGGCAGCACGUAUUCCACCGGAAUAUACUAAUAGUUCAUCGCAAGAGAACUCAUCAGCAAUGAAAGCUUCAGAAACACUAUCACCGGUAAAGAAAAAUGAUGCUGAAUAUAAUUGUAUGGCUACUUCAAGUAUCUAUGUUCGAUGCGAAAAUGAGGAUCUGUCCACUGGAAAUAUUAAAAGUGAUAAUAAUGUGGGUGACAUAGGUAAUGGCGAUAGCGAUGUUGAUAGAACUACAAUAAAAAACUCUGUGAUCCUAGAGGAUACGCAAGAUGAUCAAGGUGUGAAAUUUAACGAGCUUUGCAGAAAUGAUUUUACUGAUCUUAAAGGCCAAACCGAUGCCAAAGACGAACUCAGUGGUCAAUCAGCGAUUAUUUUGUUGGAUGAACAUAUGAGAGAUGUAGAGCGAAAAGUUUUGGAUGAGCCAACACUUUCGAUAAGAUGUAAAACUCCUGAAAUCACAGAAUCACAUUUGGAAAACGUGAGUCCGAGGGAGAGUACAGAUGAACUAAUGAAAACACCAAACAGUAUAUUGAAAAAGUGUGGAAGAAGAGCAGUCUGUCCGGCGAUUAAUUUUUUUUCAGCCAGUGCAAAAAAAUGCAAACGUGUUCAUUUCGAUGCGUCGACUCUAGACGAUGAUGAUAUUUAUGGUCCUCCACGUAGAAAAAUUUUUCGGCGACCCAGAAAUUUAUCAUUUUCUGAAUUAUCGCUCGAUAACCGUUUUGAACCGACUUCACCUUCAAAGCGACCAUCUAUAUUACCCACCAACAAAAAUCCUGCUGAUGCAGUUUUUCCGGCGCUAGUCGGAUCGGAGGAAUUGAUUCCACCACAAAUAUAUCUCAAACUGGCUCCAGCAAUGAGUUCCCUUGCUCUGCGGUCACUAAUGAAGUCACGCGGCGUUGCUACUGUUGGUAAUCUGGCUUGUAUGUCAGAGCAGGAUAUUGAAACAUUUCCAUUUCGAGAUCCGAAACUGAGCCGUGUUCUGAGGGCGCUUGAGGAUCAUUUUAGGAUGAAAAAUAUGGUGAGCAAGGAAGACGCCAUUGAAUUGGAAAAAAUCAUGAAAUGUCGAUUAAAUUCUCCUGCUGAUUGCUUGAAAGAGGUUUAUCCCCCAACUACUAAUGAACAUGAAACGGUUUCUUCUAAGACAGUGCAAGAACUGCGCAUUAUUGAUGUUCCUGAAGGUGAAAUAGGAACUUCAGAUAAAACAGCCUCUGAAACUUCCGGAAAUGAAGUUUCCAGGGCUUUAAUUAAACACAGUUAUGUGAAUCCGUUCCAAAAUGAUUCCAAACGAUUCACACCCUGUGCAGUCAAGCGUUUGAAUAAUGGCGAAACUGAUUGUUGUUCAUCAAAGCAACCGGAUUUGAAAAGUGAUCGAAUUAUGCCACCCUUCGAAAUUAGGCAAAGGACCAUAAAGCAAGGUGACUGUCGGUCUCGAUUUGGUUUCUUUCAUCCGUUUGUCAGGGAUCAAAAAGCAAUGAAUCUUCAAGGCACAAUAACAACAGCUUCUUUGGAGAAAAACGGUGCAAAGAGUUGUAUUGGCUCUUCAUCCUUAUCGGAAUACGACAGUAUGGAAGAGAGGCUUGCUAUGAAAUCGCCGCUACCGAAUGAAGAUAUCGGAAGCUGUGAAUCAAAUAAAAAUAUAAAUAAUAUAAAGCCAGAGGAAGAUGUUGAACAUUAUGAUACUGAUGGUUCUCUCAGAAACGCUUAUCGCUUAUUUCUUGAGAAUUCGGUUGUUGCAGCAUUAGCAGGUAUUUAUCCAAUAAAGAAAUUUAGCAGCAAACAGUUGCUUUCUUUUUCUCAAGCAUGCGCUUCUUUCCAAGCGACAGUUCUAAGUUCAUCGAGGAAGAUCGACGAAUAA